ACAAACUGAUAAAAUCUUCGAAAAAAAAAACAAAAAGGUGUGCCUAGAAAAAGUCGCAAACUUUUGGGCUCGCACGCGAGAUUAAAGGCCCAAACAAGAAACCCAGAAUGAGUUCAGCCCAUAUAGUCUCUCAGUACUCCAACGGGCAACUGCAUCAGCGUGACGCUGACGCGGGCAGCGCCACUUUUUUUUUGGUUUCUGCGCCUUCCUCCUGCCGUUCUGGCAAAGCCGACCGUUGGAAUGAACCCCUGCAUCGGCAUCUCCCCACCACCACCACCACCAGCAGCACGAGAAAAAGAAACCGACGUCUCCAGCAGGCAGCAGCCCCGCCCUUCCAUGACCGUUGCACAGUUCAAACCCCUCAAAACGGCCACUCCCCGGAGCAGCCAGUCAAGCGACCAUCUCACCGCAGACCACCGCACCGGUCGAGAAAGCGAAAGCCAAAGCCGCGGCGGCUAGAAGAGAGCAGAGCAGAGAGGCAGACCCGAGAGGCGCGAGACCUGAGAGCCAGUCUAUGGGGUGCAUCUCCUCGAAGCUCCUCCCGCCGGGGCCAGGCGGCGACGGCGGCAGGCGCGCCACGGUGCGCGGCCGCGUCGAGCACGUCGUCUCCCUCACCUCCACCACCUACGGCGUCCUCGACCUCCACCCCAAGCACGGAGGAGGAGCCGUCCUCGCCGCCGCCGCUGCUGACGCUGGAGAGGUGGAGAAGGAGGAGCCGCCGCCGCCGCCGCAGGACAAGCCGAUAAGCAAGGAGUGGAAGCGCGCCAGCAUGCGUCCGCCGCCGAUUGCGGUCCCGAGCGCCGACAAGAAGCCGGCGGCGGGGAAGCCGGAGUCCGGCCUCGAGGUCAUCAACGCGUGGGAGAUCAUGGCCGGGCUCGAGGAGGCCUACGCCGCCGCCGCGGUGGCCGGGUCGCCGCCGGCGAAGAAGCCGUCCAAGCCGGGCCGGUGGUCGCCGGCCAGGGUCAUCGCCAUGGCCCUGCCGUCGCCCAAGAGGUCGGCGACGAGGCGGAAGAACACGCCGGGGAAGGAGAACAGCCCGCUCCAGCGCUGCUCGGGGAAUCUCACCAGCAAGGACAAGGACAAGGACAAGACCGCCGGCGAUGUCGACGGCGACAGGGUGCUCCGCCCGUACAAUUCCAUCGACAACUCCAAGCUGUCGAUGGCGUCCAAGAGGUUCUCUCCGGGCAGCGCGCGGAUCGUCCGCAAGCCCGGCACCGCCGAGACCGGCGGCGGCGGCGGCACCGGCAUGUCCUCGUCGCGGCGCAGCCUGAGCCCGCUGUUCGACCCGGAGCUGCUCGCGUCCAUCGAGCGCGAGCUGUCGGAGGAAGGCGCCCACAUCAAGCGGAUGGUAGGGUCCGAGAAGCCCAAGCACCCCAAGGCCGCGCCGCCGGCGAUCGUGGCGGCCGAGGGGAAGUGCCCGCCUGGGGGCGCCGAAGCCGUGGUCCUCUACACCACCACGCUCCGCGGCAUCCGCAGGACCUUCGAGGAGUGCAACGCCGUGCGCGCGGCGAUCGAGGCCCACGACGUGAAGGUGAUCGAGCGGGACGUGUCCAUGGACUCGGGCUACCGCGAGGAGCUGCGCCUGCUGCUGGGCGGGCGGGAGGUGCGCGUGCCCGCCGUGUUCGUGCGGGGCAGGCACGUCGGCGGCGCCGCCGAGGUGGCCAAGCUGGAGGAGGAAGGCAAGCUGAAGGCGCUGCUCGAGGGCCUUCCCCGGGCGCGGGUCUGGUGCGCGGGCUGCGCCGGCGUGCGCUUCGUCAUGUGCCGCGACUGCAACGGCAGCCGCAAGGUGCUCGACGCCGAGCGCAAGGAGACGGUCAAGUGCGGCGAGUGCAACGAGAACGGCCUCGUCCGGUGCCCGAUCUGCUCGUGAAUCGUGAUGUGGGGAUCGUGGUCGGUGGGGGUGGGUAUCAUCUGGCGAUUGAUUGGUGGUGUGAAAGUUGUUGUGCAUUGCUGUGUUCGAUUGGGUUGAUCUGCCUGUCUACCCGGCUGCUUUUGAUUUUGCUGUAUGAUGUUGCUCUCGGCAACAGCUGCCAUUGUAAUAUGAAACGGAUUCAUUUUGUUGCGUAUGUAGUUUAAAUUACCUAAUUUAAUCAAAUGUAAUUUGAUUUCUUCUCA